UGUAGUACUGUUGAGAUAUCCCAGCUUAUCGUCUAAAUUAAUGUAGUCUAGAAUCUAGACUAGAGUUGUCUAUAAAAAGUUGCGAAAUUUCUUUGACAAAGUCUAUGAUCCAAUAAUUUUUAUAUAAAAUCAUUAUGUAAAUCAUAAACAAAUUAAAAUAGAUCAUCCUAAGAUAUUUAAAGUGAUGCAAAUAUGAGGAGCAGAAGUAACUCGGGUAUUCGCCUUGACUACUACCAGAGAUUGGUAAACAGAUGCAUAUUGAGAUAUCAGAAUGUAAGUACAGGACUGAUAGUAUCUGUAGAUGUUGAUAAUUAUACCCGUUAUUGGGCACCGAAACUCCGCCUGAGUAAGAUUGCUAUACCUGAAAAUGAAGAAUUGAAAUCGUCACCCAAUCCACCUUUUAUACCAGUUAAUUAUUUUCGAGAUAAAAUGGUUAAAAAAUCUGCAACUAAUUUGGAACAUAGUAGAGCAUCUACUUCUACACAUACAGUUGCUGAAAAAAUAUCUGAAAUGGAAGAGAAUCCUGCUACAGGCUUAAUAGCUGGAAAUGAUAAAAAUCAUUCAUGGGUUAGAGACAACAUCUACUGCAUUAUGGCAGUGUGGGGCCUUGCUUUGGCAUAUCGAAAGACAGUUGAUCUUGAUGAAGAUAGAGCAAAAGCAUAUGAACUAGAAAAGGCAGUUGUUCAAGCCAUGAGAGGGUUAUUAAGGGCAAUGCUGAUGCAGAGUGAGAAGGUUGAGCAGUUCAAACGCACACAGAGCCCUCGUGAUGCUCUGCAUGCAAAAUACAGCAGUGUUACUGGAAAGACAGUUGUAGGAGAUUAUGAAUGGGGGCAUCUUCAGAUUGAUGCAACAUCCCUUUUUUUAUUAGCUCUGGCUCAAAUGACAGCUUCAGGUGUUGUUAUUGUGUUCACCUUGGAUGAAGUUGCCUUUGUACAGAAUCUUGUUUUUUAUAUUGAGGCUGCCUACAGAACACCAGACUAUGGUAUUUGGGAGCGUGGUGAUAAAACAAAUCAUGGUCUACCAGAACUCAAUGCUAGCUCAAUAGGCAUGGCUAAAGCAGCCUUAGAAGCCAUCAAUGAACUAGAUUUGUUUGGGUCAAGAGGUGGUCCAGCAUCUGUCAUUCAUGUUCUCCCAGAUGAGGCUCAGCAAUGUCAAGCUAUUCUCCAGUCAAUGCUUCCAAGAGAAUCUAUUUCAAAAGAAACAGAUGCUGCUCUUUUAACUGUCAUCAGCUUCCCAGCCUUUGCUGUUGAUGAUCCAGAAUUAAUUGAACUUACACAUAAAACAAUCAAAGAGAAACUAGAGGGUCGCUAUGGGUGCUGCCGAUUUCUCCGUGAUGGGUAUAAAACUGCCAAAGAGGAUGCAAGAAGACUGCACUAUGAACCCUGGGAAUUGAUGGUUUUUGAAAAAAUUGAAUGUCAGUGGCCACUUUUCUUUGCCUAUCUUAUACUAGAUGGAUUGUUCAAUAACAAACCAGAUCAGGUGAAUGAAUACAAAAAAAAGUUGGAUGAAGUUUUGUUAAAAACAGAGGAUGGUAUUCCAAUUGUACCAGAGUUGUAUGCUGUUCCUAAAGACCUGGUGGACAAGGAAUAUGAAGAGCCAAACAGUCAGAAACGUGUGGCUGCUGGUAAAAUUCCUCACAUGUGGGGACAGUCUAUGUACAUCCUGGGAAGACUUAUGAUUGAGGGGUUUUUGUCUCCUGGAGAACUUGAUCCUUUAAACAGAAGACAUGUUACAGAAACUAAACCUGAUGUUGUUGUACAAGUUGUGUUGCUUGCUGAAGAUAGCCUAAUUCAAGACAAAAUGGCUUUACAUGGCAUUGAACUCCAGACUGUAGCAGAAGUGGCUCCUAUUCAAAUCCACCCUGCCAGAGUUUUGUCAAAGAUUUACUCUUUGUUGGGUAAAAACAAAAGAAUGGGCUUGACUGGUAGGGCUUCAUCUAGCGAAAUAGGACUGCUUGCAACGAGCAAGCUAUAUAUGUUACACGACAAAAUUCUAGCCUUUGUUCCACAGUUGGUGGACCAGCAUCAAUUUUACCUAGGCCUGGAUGUGGAAUAUCUUGUGGAUGACUUCAAAACAAAGAUAGACUUGCUAAGCAAGAGCUGGAAAGCCUUGGGCCGUCCACUUAUGGUGUAUAACCUUACACGAAAUGCUCUAGACAAUUAUCAGCAUCCACCAAAUGCUUUACUGGCAACCAUCAAGAAAUUACAGAGUGGCUAUAUCAGUGGCACUAGAGUCCACCUGGGCAAAUUGUCAGACUUCCUGCAUACCUCUUGUAUCACCAAGCUGAGCUUUCUCAGAGACAUUGAUGACCAGACAGGCAAACAUCACGACAAAUCUGUGAUUGAUCAACUUAUUACUCAGACAUCAUCUGCUAGACAAAGACUCUUGAGUGUUAACCGAGGCAAAAGCAAGCGAAAAGCUUCUUACCGUGCGAGCAUUAGCGUUCAGGGCAUUGUAAGGCGUUCUAGGUCCAUUCAAAUUGAACCUGAAGAUAUUACAGCUUUUGCCCCCAAUAAUCGUCGACAGAGCAUGUUUGUAGAUUAUGAUGGACCAUCUAUGUUGGAUCUUAGUAUUUUAGAAUCUUACCAGCCUGAAGAAUUUCCAAUUGAAAACCUUACCAUGCCAGCAAUAACAAUCGUAGAUCAGAGAGGAGGUACAGCGACCAACACAAGCAGUUAUUUAUCUUCCACACAGAGGAGUAGUGUAGAGAGCAAUGAUGAUAUUGAUUUUACUGUUAUAAGCAACGCACACGCUGCACAACAGUUGCCACAUCACCUGAAAGAUGAGACUGAUAUGAACGGAACAGGAACUGCCAGCCCGCACACAUCACCUAAAUCAGCCAGGAAGAAUCUCAAGGCAGCGACGAGCAACGAUGAUACAGACAUAACAGAUCUUAUAGAACAGCUGAAGCAGACCACCAACCUGCAGGAGCAAGCUGAUAUCAUACACUAUCUUUUUGUUACCAGAGGUCCUGACUGGGAUACUCAUAUGGAAGAAAACAGAAAAGUUCCUGUCAAAGAGUUGCUUAUUGAAUUGUAUGAAAAGUCCGGUCAGUGGAAACAGUGGUGGCUUGUUAGGCACACUGCUGGGAUGCUGAGGAAAAGAGUUGAAGACUUAGCUCUGGCGGCAACAGAUUUGUUAGUGAGACAAAAACAGCUGUCUGUUGGUUUACCACCAGAUCAUGAAACUACUAUCACAAGUCCUUUACCCCCAGAUGAACUGGCUGCCAUUAUAUAUGAUGCUUGUGGUGAAGAUCAUAGCACUGCUUCUCUCACUCAGGAGCUUCUAGUGUACCUGGCAAUGUUCAUCCGUACAGAACCUCACCUGUUUGAUGAGAUGUUGCGGCUCAGGGUUGGACUUAUCAUACAAGUGAUGGCUUCUGAGCUCUCUAGAACUCUCGAGUGUUCAGGAGAUGAAGCCUCUGAUCAUCUUUUGAACCUUAGCCCUUUUGAAAUGAAAACCCUAUUGCAUCAUAUUCUUAGUGGUAAAGAAUUUGUCAUCAACAGUGAUGCAGGCAGUAUGAUGAGACUUGGGGACAGAAUAAUGGAUUUAAGCAAAAGGAAAAGUGUAGUUCAUACAAAAUUGCCAAGAAAAAAUGAAGAAAAAAAAGUGACGUCAGAAUUUGCGUUAUUAGGGUUAUCCCAUGUACCCUCUCAAGAACAAGAAGCUGAGGAGGAAAUAGCAGAUCGUCAAGGCCAGUGGUUGCGUCGCCGUCGACUUGAUGGUUCACUGAAUCGAGUGCCACUUGGGUUCUAUCCUCUCUUGUGGGAACUUUUAACACGGUGUCAUGGUUUGCUGAUAAAAGGAAAUGUUCUACCUGGAUCAUUGACAAGAGAGAUGACUAAAGGAGAAUUCAAAUUUGCCCUUCAAGUAGAAAUGGUGUUAAAUAGAAUUCCACAGCCUGAAUACCGUCAGUUAAUGGUGGAAGCCAUGAUGGUUAUGACUAUGUUAAUAGAAAAUGACGGCAAUCGUAUCAACUUAAGUUCUGUGGAUAUUGAAGUUGACAAGGUGGUGCAUGAAGCUAACAACUUGUUUGUUCAGGACCUGAAAAUGCCACAGGAUGUAAUAGAAAGGUCAUUGGGAGCAGCAAAUAUCUGCUUAUACUUGUAUGAUAGCGCUCCAAGUGGCAGGUUUGGUUCCAUGGCGUACAUGUGUAGAGCUCUGGCUAACAUCAUACAGCUCCCAGCCAACACUGAACAAACCAUGGAAUGUAAUAUCUGUUGAUUAUGUACAUCUCGCCAACUCUGAUUUAUGUCCAAACUAGUGAUAUUAAAAAAAUGUUGAUGCCGGUCAUAACUUAAAUUACAAGAAGAAAAAAAGUAGCUGUUUUUAAAUCUAAUAACAUAUCCUAGUUUGCAAAUAAAAUUAAAUCCCAUUCCUUCUGUAAAAUAGAUCUUAUUCUGUGUUGCUUGAGUCUUUCAUUAUUUAUUUUUCAUUUAAAUAUACUUGGUUUUUAUAAUGGAAACAGGAAGCUCCACAUGAGUAGCAGAAUCAUUGAAAAUAUCAGCCUUGUUGUACCCUAGGUUGGAUAGGUUAGCUAGAGCUCUAACUCAAACAGAUAUGUGUUUUAAUUCAUGGAAAAUAUUUAGUACAAAAAUCAGUUUUGUACAUCAUUCUAAUAAUAUACAUUGUUGCUGCUUUUUAUUUUUAUAUUGUGUAUACAAGUUUUAUUAUCUUUUGAACUUUAUCUCUGUUCAAGUAUUUUCUCAUUAUUUAGUACAUGUGCCAGUCACAAAAAUGUGUAAAUCCAAGUUGUCUCCUUUUUAAUAUUGUAGAUACAAAUGUCACCAAUGGAGAUAUUUAAAGACAAUCUAAGCUAAUUUAAGUUACAUUUCUUUUAGAAUUGUUCUCCGAGGAAGUCUGAUGAUUGUUUUGAAAUCAAAUACACAAGUGUGUUUGUGAUAAGAUUUUUAUUUUGUUUUGAUUAUUUGAUGAAUGCAGUAUUUGUUACACAUAAUCGGCUGAAAGGUGACCUACGUUUUAUAAAUAAGUACCAAGUUGUUGUUUAUUUUAAAUUGACAGUAUUUCGACAAAAGAUUUCAACAGAACAGGUGUGCUGAGAUCAAAUUUAAUCUAAACAAAUGUAAUACUCAUGAUAUGAAAUCAAAACAAGGACUUGUGCUUGAGAAAUAACAAUAUAUGGUUGCAAAUGAUAUCUGCAUGACCUAAUGUGAUUAUAAAUUAAGUUUUAUUAGGGGAAAGAUUUUGAACUUUACUUAUCUAGUUUAUACCUAUUUUAUUUUAAUAUAUUACCUUACAUUAAUUUUUUUUGCUUCAUUAUAAAAAAAACUGGUACAAGUUGUAAAAAAAGUGUUAACAUUUUUACAGAUUUUAAAAUACUUUAUUUUGCUGUUUUGAAUAGUAUAAUAGUAUUAAUUUAGAUCAGUAUGAAUGGAUAAAUUAACAAUUUUAUUCUGUUGUACAGAAUAACUAAACAUGAUUCUAUUGACAUGGUUAUAUACCAUUGUAUUGAACAAGUUUACCUAUAAUGUACAGUACUGGUUAUGUUAUGACUGUGUACCAACUUUCAAGCUUCUUCUACAAAUAUAUUGUGGUAAUCAUAAAUCUUCCUUGCUUACUAAUUUUCAACCAAAUUCUUACCUUUGAGAAUAACCUUUUUCUUUUUUGUUUUAAAAUAAAUCAGUUUAACUAUACCCAA